CUACUAAGUGCAUGUAACCAGGCCUUACCAUGUGUCAAGAAAGACCUAAAAGAAUUCUCGUGUUGUUGUUUUGAGAAGUUUUUACCAGAUUUUAGUCCUAAUUUAAUCGGAUUUUGAAAAAGAUAUGUCUCGGGAUCGUAAGAGAUACUACGACGAUGACGGCGGUAGAGCGAGAAAAAGGAGAAGAACGACGGAGAUAGUUGAUAUCGAGGACAGGUUGGAAUCGCUUAUCACUAGAGUUGGAGAAAAGAGUACAUCAUCUUUGGAGAGUAACCUAGAAGGUCUUGCUAAUGUGCUUGAAGCAGAUCUGCCUAACUACAAGGAAAGGAUUCUUAGUAUUAUAUGCACAUGUGCUGCGAACCUCCCAGAGAAAAUAUCCAUUUACAGUACGCUAGUUGGUCUUCUAAAUGUGAAAACUUACAAAUGUGGAGAAGAGUUUCUAGACAUGAUGAUCAACAACAUCAAGGAUGUAAUGGCGAACCACCAGUUUGAGCGGGCAAGACUAAUGAUACGAUUCAUGUCUGACCUUGUCAACUGCCGUGUUAUCCUUCCCAUUUCGUUGAUUGAGCUGUUUGAGAAGUUCAUGGCUGCAAGCAUGGAGAGUGAUGUCCCCCAGGUUCGCACAGACUGGUUUGUCUACUGCAUUCUAUCAGCUCUUCCUUGGACCGGUAAAGAACUCUCUGAUAAAAAAGGCAGUGAUCUGGAAAGAUUACUUACAACCGUUGACAGCUACAUCAGCCAACGAAAGAAGACACACAUCCCUGCCUUAAGGGUGUGGUCCACGGAUGAUGUUCACCCACAGGAAGAGUACCUAGACUGCUUAUGGGCACAGAUCAAAAAGCUUAAAGCUGAUGGAUGGCAGGAAAAGCAUAUCAGACGCCCCUACCUCAGCUUUGACAGUGUGCUAGGCGAUGCCCUACAGCACACUAUUCCACCACUGACCAUCCCACCACACACUGAUGACACUGUCUACCCCCUGCCCACCAUUGUCUACAGAAUGUUUGACUACACGGAUGUUCCAGAGGGUCCUGCGAUGCCUGGAGCCCACUCGAUUGAACGAUUCCUUGUUGAGGAGGGGAUCCGUAGAGUUAUUAAUGCACACUACAAGGACAGAAAAGAAUGUGCAAAUCAGUUGAUGAAUAUGCCUGGGAAAUCAAAGGUUCCUUUUAAUUACUGCAUCAUAGAGGUGAUCUUCUCUGAGCUGUUCAGGCUGCCAAGCCCUCCACACAUUGAGGUGUUUUAUGCCUCACUCUUCAUUGAGCUUUGCAAGCUCCAGCCUGAGUCAAUACCUGGUAUUCUUGCCCAAGCCACUUAUCUGUUAUUUGACAGACUAGAUACCAUGAACACCUCUUGUGUUGACAGGUUAAAAGACUGGUUAUCCCACCAUCUUAGCAACUUCAACUACAAAUGGUCAUGGGAUGAUUGGAUCCAGUACGCCAAUAGCCCUGGCACACCCAAGUUUAUGUUUCUCUGUGAAUUAUUUGAAAAAUUGCACAGAUUCUCUUAUCAUGACUAUCUCUUGGAGAUUCUCCCUGAUGACUUCCUUAAUAUUAUUCCUCCCAAGCCUCUUCCAAGCUACCGAUUCUCUGAAGAUGGACUACCAGGCGGUGAUAUUGCCAAGCAGUUGACAGAAGCAAUCAGAGCAAAGAAAGACCCUGAAGAACUCCAAGCCCUUCUAAAUGAGAUCUCAACUUCAUCUGGGGACGCAACAGGUGAUGAUGACGACAAUGACGAUGUUCCUAAGGCUGAAGCUGCAUUCUCUUCACUACGCAUUGAUGUGUUCCUCCAGACAAUCCUGUACCUUGGAUCCAAAUCUAUCAGUCACUCAUAUAGCGCCCUCACCAAAUUCCACAAGAUACUUAAAUCACUUAUCCCGACAGAAGAAGCCCAGAUUCAUGCGCUAAAGACUCUCAAAGAGUUCUGGUGUAACUCACCACAGAUGACAAUAAUUCUGGUAGAUAAGUUGAUCCGGAUGCAAGUGGUUGAGUGUACUGCUGUCAUUAACUGGCUGCUGUGCAAAGACAUGUCUCAGGAUUUUACAAAGUCAUACACUUGGGAACUCAUGACAACAACCAUCCGACGGAUGAAUAUGCAAGUUAACAAGGUCCGAGAUGAAUCACGUGGAGCUAAGGAUCAGCUCACCAAACUAGAAGAAAGGUCAAAGAAACUGGCAUUGAAUGAGUCAGAGAUGCCCAAAGGCCCAGCUCUAGCGGAUGAUAUAGAAAAAAAGCAGCAGCAUCUGGAAGAAGUCAAUGAGAGACUAGAAAAUGCCCAAAGAGAGCAGAAGCAGUUCUACCUUAUUUUAUUCCAGAGAUUCAUCCUAAUGCUAACGGAACACAUGGUACGGUGUGAACAACAGCAGAUAGAGUUUAACACCUUGUGGUUCAGAUACUCCAUUGAGAGAUUUAGAGAAGUCCUUCUAGGGAAUAAUACUGCUGUGUUCCAAUAUCUCUCCACGUUUGAGGGCCUCUUGUUUACGACAGACUUGGACCCCCAUAUCCUAGAAGUGUACAAACAGUUCAAGGCAUUACGGGCAUAGGAGCAGACAGUGAAGGUGUCAAUUGCCUGUCAUCGGGCGUCAUCACACAAACAUGUUCCUCAAGUUAGCCGUGAUCACAAGAGAUAACUAGUUCGCUAUGAUAGCUUUGUAUGAAGGGAUGUUUAGUUGUUGAGAACUUUGGAAUACUUUUGAAGUUGACAUCCCCGGAUAGAUAGGCAGAACAGGAAAAACUAGUGUGAUGUGAAGACCACAUUGCCAUAGAAACAAGCACAAUUAACACGAUCAACACCACAAGGCUGUUCUUAAAAGUACACAGUAUUUUGUUUUAGUAGCAUUUUUAUUUCCGACUUUAAAGCUUUUUAUUUUGAUAAAACCUAAUGAAAUACUUCUUUGUAUUCAAAUAAAUAAAUUAUAGUCUGAUUUAUUAUGGCUUUCUUUGUAGAGAUAUGGGAGACCAGCUUGCCCUAUAUUUGUGUAGUCCCUGUAAACUUUUACUAGUUCCUGUUCCCUGUUUACAAGUCUUUUUGAUGUCCCAUAAUUAGUAGAGUUCUGAAUUUAACAAUUGACCAAGUGCAUUAUACAUGUUCAUGAUUACAAACAGUAACCUCACGUUGAGGCUUUCUUCCAACAUUACAAUAAAUGGAUCAGAAUAAGAAGAGAGCCUAGACUCAAUGCUUGUGUCCUGUGACCAUUGGUAUAUUAAGCCUGGUCUAAUCGGAA